AUGUCGUCUCUAAAACUUCCAAGUGCUCCAAACUCUGGACUAUUCAAGCAAGGCUACCAAACGCAAUCGAAUGCAGAUGGUGCUAUCAACAGAAAUAUCCAGGCAUGCAGAGAGAUCAGCUCUAUGGUGGCAACUUCAAUUGGUCCAUGUGGAAAGAAUAAAAUUAUUGUCAACCAUCUACAGAAGAUCAUUAUUACCAAUGAUGCCGCUACAAUGCUGAGAGAACUUGACGUGGUUCAUCCUGCUGUUAAAGUUCUCGUCAUGGCUUCAGAUCAGCAAGAAAGGGAGAUGGGUGAUAACUCAAACUAUGUCCUGGUGUUUGCCGGUGAAUUGCUGUCCUUGGCUGAGAAACUGGUUAUCUUGGGAUUGACUCCCACAGAGAUUAUCCAAGGAUACACGUUGGCCAACAAAUUUGCUUUGAAAGAAUUGGAAUCUCUAGUAGUAGACCAGGUUGACGAUGUUACAGUCAAAUCCGAAUUAUUGAAAAUUGUCAAACCUAUCAUCUCUUCUAAACAAUUUGGAUCCGCAGAAAUCAUUAGUGAGCUUGUGACUGAGGCUGUUUUGAAUGUGCUUCCACGUGGCAAUCCUCAGGCGUUUAACGUUGAUUCCGUAAGAGUGGUCAAGAUAAUGGGAUCAUCUUUGGAGAGCUCAUUUGUUUUGAGAGGAAUGGUUUUCCCUCGUCCUCCAGACAGUCAUGUUAAAUCCGUAAAACAGAAAUCUAAAGUGGCAGUCUUCACAUGUCCUAUUGAUAUAACCACUACCGAGACGAAGGGCACCGUGUUGCUUCAUAAUGCUCAAGAAAUGCUAGACUUUAGUAAAGGUGAAGAACAACAACUCGACACUCUUGUCAAAGAAAUUCAUGAUUCCGGAGUGCGUGUAAUCAUAGCUGGUGCUGGUGUCGGAGAGUUGGCCCUGCAUUACUUGGAUAGAUAUGGGUUAUUGGUGAUCAAGGUUCCUUCUAAAUUUGAUCUAAGACGCGUGUGCAGAGUAUGUGGUGCCACGCCUUCUCCUCGUUUAGGAGCUCUCAGUCCAGAAGAGCUUGGAGAAAUUGAUGUUGUUGAAACUACUGAAAUCGGUAGCGAUCAAGUUACAGUAUUCAAACAGGACAAGAAUACCUCGUCGUCGUUGACUUCUACUAUAGUCAUUAGAGGGGCCACCCAGAAUAAUUUGGAUGACAUCGAACGUGCCAUAGAUGAUGGCGUUAGCGCUAUAAAGGGUGUCUUGAAAGAUUCUCGUUUGUUGCCCGGAGCUGGUGCUGUUGAGGCCGAACUUGUGCGCCGUGUGACUGCUUAUGGGGAGAAAACUCCUGGUUUGUUGCAAUUGGCUAUCAAGAAAUUUGCUGAAGCUUUUGAGUUUCUGCCAAGAACUAUUGCUGACACUGCCGGGUUGGACACCAAUGAAGUUAUUCCAAAGUUAUACGCUGCCCACACGCCAGCUGAAGAGCAGUCUUCUUCUGAAGGACUUUCUAUUGGUAUAAACAUAGAGGCUGAAAGUCUGGAAGAUUCGUUGGUGGAUAUCUCUAAUGAGGGCAUUUACGAUCUAUUCAUUUCAAAGAAGAAUGCUAUUGAUUUGGCUACCGAAGCUGUCAAUACAGUAUUGAGUGUGGAUCAAAUUAUUGUUGCAAAACGUGCAGGGGGACCAGUUAUGCCCCAACAGCCACGUCCAGGAAACUGGGAUCAGGCUGACUAA